AUGGGUGAUUACGACCUGACUGUUGGCACGUUGAUUAUUGGCAUUUUCUUCAACACAUAUCUAUACGGUCUUGUCAGUCAUCAGUUUGCUGCAUACUAUCAGGCCGGUUAUGAUGAUGGAAAGCUUGUCAAGUAUGUUCAAAAGCUGGAUUUGCUUGAACUUACUCACACUCGCGUCGACAGGCUCAUGAUCCUCUUCCUGUUUCUCUUGGACACAUUUCACAGUGGAGCUGUGAUCUAUAUGGCCUGGUACUAUGCCGUCACCAACUAUAACAACCCAGAUGUGCUUUCAAUCGAGCUGUGGCCUUACAUGUUUACUCCUAUUGGCACCGCUCUUUCAGCUCUUCUUACCCAAACUUUCCUUGCCGUAAGAAUUUGGCGAUUCGGUAGAAGCAGAGUCUUAAUUGGCAUCAUCGGGGCGCUUGCAGUGCCCUGUUUUGUGCUAGGGAUGGCUUGUGGUAUCAAGGCAUGGAACAUUAAAUACAUGGCACAGAUGGUCUCCAUUACUAACCUAGCUACGGCGUGGUUAGUAUCGCAGGUCACAGUAGACACUAUCGUCACCGGUGUCAUGACCUAUAUGCUAUCGAGGUCCCGGACAGGUUUUCAAAAGACGGACAACGUCAUCAAUCGACUGAUUCGUGGCGCCGUUCAGACUGGGCUUUUCGCGGGCAUUUUCUCCCUGGGUGAUAUGAUUACCUUCUUGCUGUGGCCUGAGACCAACCUCUACGGCAUGUUUGCUAUUCCCAUUGGUCGCAUUUACACAAACACCUUGCUGGAUACACUCCUCUCCCGCCAUGAUCUUCGGGAUCAAAUGACUGGGACGAUCAACAUGGACUCUAUGAGCGCUUGGGGACACGGAUCAAGUAGGAACUCACGGACAAUUACUAGCCGCCAGCUGACAGAGCUAGAAGUCCGCAAGGAAGUCGAGGUCGUCACCGACAACCGCUCUCUGUCGUGUGCAUCUUCUGAUGGCAAGGCCACUUUGACUGUUUGA